AUGAAUCCUAAAUCAAACCUGCCUCGUUCCCUACCUCCAGACACUAUUUCACAAAAUGAAUAUCAAGAUUGUCUAUCAUGCAAGCUAGUAGGUUCGGCGACAUUCGUUGGAUUAGGUUCUUAUUCAUUUUGCCUGGCAAAGAAGUCGUCCAAUUUUGGAAAAGUUGGUUUUGGAAUGCUCGGACUUUGUGAGUAUCUACCUGAUUCAUUAUUCAAUUUGAGCGGAGAGACUUAUGAAAUAUCCAAAAUUCCA